AUGGCAGACAGUUCCAAUCCGUUCAUUAAUUUGAAUGAAUUUGACAUCAGUGACAGUGUCACUGACAACAACAUAGACAACAUAGUUGAAGAAAAACCUACCUCUUCCUCAAAAAAAGUACUAAAAAGUUUAAUUAUCUUUACAGUCUUUCUGGCCUUUUUAAUUUCUACAAUUAUGUUUUUGACUUUGCAAUACCAUGAUACAAGUAAAAAUGGAGCAGAUCGUGCAAAGAACACUUUUUUUUCCAAAAAACAUUAUUUUUAUGAUUCCGAUGCUAAUUUUGACGACUAUGCAAAUGUGACAAACGAAUGGAGACUAGACACAGGUACUAACUAUACCAUGAAUUUAACUUAUUGGAGAAAUGACUAUGGAACCUCCAAAGAAAGACAUUAUUAUUUUAACAUAACACAACUAACAGUUCAAAUGGAUAACAUCGAAAACGACGAAGAUCUAACAUCAUCUGCCAAAACUAGAAACUUGACCCUUGUUAAUGGGCAAUAUCCAGCCCCAUUAAUAGAAGCAAAUUCCGGUGAUACCAUCUAUCUACAUGUCGUUAAUAAACUACCAGACAAGCAGCCAGUUUCUAUCCAUUGUCAUGGCCUUUUCUACCCAAAUAACCCGUUUGAUGACGGCGCUGUUGGCAUCAACAGUUGCCCAAUACCUUCCGGCUAUAACUACACUUAUAAAAUUCCUGUCGGCAAAAAACAAUGGGGUACAUAUUGGUACCAUUCUCAUUGGAGUACGCAGUAUGCAGACGGUAUUUUUGGACCAUUGGUCAUUCAUUCAAAGGAUGAAGAUAAUUUGUUAGAUGAUUAUGAUGAAGAUAGAAUAAUUCUGGGUAAUGAUUUUUAUCAAAAUUUUACAGACACUUAUUUAACAGAGUAUUUGGAAUCUGGUAACGAAAAUACUGAACCAACCCCUGAUGAUGGCUUUAUUAAUGGGAUAUACACUCAAACAGACUCACAACAAGAUCGUUUUGAAAGUUUAUUGUAUUUUGAUCCAGAAAAAGUGUACAGACUGAGAUUAGUAAAUGCAGGCUUUUUCUUGCCAUUCACAUUCUCAAUAGACGCACAUAAAUUAACAUUAGUUGAAGCUGAUGGUACAAAUAUUGUUCCACAUGAAGUAGACAAUUUUGAUAUUUCUGUUGGCCAGCGUUAUUCCGUCUUUUUAAACUAUACUAAAACAAAGGAUCAAAACUAUUGGAUGCACACCAGAUAUAAUGCAUAUUGUGUUACUGAAAGUAACCCUAACUUUAAUACGGAUGUCCAUGCUAUUGUUUCAUAUACCAACAAAUACGAAGAGCCAGAAGAUAUGCAAAGUUGGUCCUAUUAUGGUGGUGAUCCAUUAUGUGGAGAUCUAGAUCAAAACUUGCUUUCCACUUUGGUUUAUGAAACAAUCCCAUUAAAUGCAAAUGGUUCGGCAAGGCCCGACGUUAAAGUUGAAUUAGAUAUAGCCUUUAUAAUUGGUGGGUACCAACUGGAUAGAGGAUAUUUUAAUGAUAUGACUUGGGUUUCAUGGGACAAAAAUACUUCAACUAUGCAUCAAUUGAUGUUUAAUUCUGAAGAGUACAAAUGUGAUGGCGUCGAGAAUAAAUUAAAUGAACACACAUAUGUGUUAAACUUUGAUAAGAGAGGUCAAAUUGUGGAUUUGGUACUAAACAACUAUGAUGAUGGGGCGCACCCCUUCCAUUUGCACGGUUUCAAAUUUUGGGUGAUUGCAUCGAGUGCAACUGGCUCAUGGAAGGAUAGCUACUAUGAUGACUUGAGUUUAGGGAAAAUUAAAUUAGAUAAUCCUGUGCUAAGAGAUAAUUUAAACGUCGGACCAUAUGGAUAUGCAGUGAUCAGGUUUGUAGUCGAUAAUCCAGGGGUAUUUCCCUUACAUUGUCAUAUUGGCUGGCAUAUAGAAGCUGGAUUGCUGUUACAAAUUAAUGCUUUACAAAGUGAAUAUUCCCAACUAGAAUACGAUCCUGAAUGGAAAAACAUGUGUGCGCUUGAUAACUAG